GAUCGUUCCACGAGUUCGCCCAAAAUGAAUCGUGGCGAGGGGACGGGCUGCCGCAUGGGCGGCGGUGCUGUGAAGUUUUCCUGUGGGCGCGAUGAAACUUGUGAGCGCUACUUCCAUAUCCAAAAUGUUGUCGAUGCGUGUCCGGCGUCUCGCGCCCGGUUGCGUGGCGGUUCCUCAUUGCUAGCUGCGUGUGCGAGAACGGGCGAUGAGACAGGGAACGUUCAAGACAACAAGAAAAAGAUCCUGAUGUCGUCCACAACCGCGAUAAACAUGUUCAAUCACCGAGUCGAUCGGAAACGAGCUCGAAGUUGGCCCUUGGCGGUGGGAUGUCGCGGGAUCGGCGGUAAUUUCGGAUGUUUCGGAUUCGCCAUGGGUAUCCGUUAUGCGCAACGGGUCGUCGCUGAACAUUGUGGAUGGGUGGCUUCGCCACUGUUGGCUGUGAGUGCGACACGGGCGAUUCCUGUUGGAGCGGUGAUGACGCUUGGGAGCAACGGCGAUGAAACUUCGUCCACACAUCAGAUGCAGUCGUCGGAGGAGUCCGAUGAUCUUGACUGCGAAAGCCGCAGGCCAUUUCGAAUUCCAGACGUCAUGCGCAAGAUGGUGACGUCAGCGUGUGGAAUGGCUUCACACAGACGAGGCCGCUCCGCUGGUGGUUCCGCCCCGCAUGGAGAGGAGCGUCGAGGGACGACGUCGUCGCCGGCAAGGGAAACGAGUCGGGGAGUUAGAGGUGGGGAGGAAGAACGACGUGCUCAAAACUUGUGGUGCGACUACAGCAAACGUGUCUGGUAUUUGGACUGGGCGAGCCAGGACGGCUCCGACCCUUUGCAACCACCGUGCGGGCCACUCUUGUUCGUCGCCGUUCGCGCCGACAGAACGCGUCGCGCAGGGUCCAUCGUCCAAUGGGUCGACGAUGGCGAAUACAAUUUCAAGUUUAUGUUGAAGAAGCAUUACAGAAGUGAUGGUUCUGUCGACGGCAUCGCAAAGGGAUGCAAGGUUGCCGGGAGGAUGUUCGGCGGGUACGACCGUCGUGCGAUGUCUUUGCCUCACUUUGUCCCGCUAGCGCCGGGGCAUGACGAGGCCGUUCACAUCACAGACUUCCUCGAGGUCUGGGCGAAAUCUGGUACCUCUAUCAGUGUCGUGGACGUCGGACCUAGAACAUCGAUCAGUGGUCAUGUUGGGUUCGCGGGAGGAGAGUGCUCUGAAGGGGGGAUGGGAGGUCAGGGUGGCCUGCCAGCUACGCCUCCUGAUCAAGAGGUGGGCAUGUCAGACGACUCGGAGGACGACCAUCCGCGUGCUCCUUUGAAACCGGGCUUGCAUGUAUCUCGCCGCCACGGUUUGCUUGGGAAGUCGACGCCACAUGGAGGCGGCGAUGGCGAACGGUUGCGACAGGGCUCAGAAUCGACGACUCCUCGUGCUCUGGUCGAAAGGAUCGGUUCGUUCGUUCGUGGCAUGCAGGUGGCCGAGGUUUCACCUAGAGAUCGAGCGGGUGUGCUGGCGCAACUGCAGACGGAGUUGAGCCAGAAGCGAGAAGCAAGUGGGAACGUCGCCGGUGAGGAGGAGGUGUCCGAGCAGGGGCUGUUCCGUGAGAGAUCGGCUGAAAGGACUCAGUCGGGAGGCAAGCGCAACUUGCCGGAUGAGGAAGAGCGAGAGGGACUAGGUGCUCUGAAGAGGCAGAGAAAGGUAGGAGGGAGUGCUCGGACGCCAACAACACGAGAGGGCGGUUCCGUUGAGAAGAGGAAAAGGGUUGAAGGUGGGGAUGAAACGCCAAAAGACUCGUCGACACAGCGAAGAACCGGUGAGUCUUCUGGGAAACGGUCGAAAUCAUCGAGGGGGAAGAAAGCAGAUGAGGGCGACAACGGGGAGGGGGAUGACGACGUGGAGAUUAACCUCAACGCCUUUAACCUCGACAAUGCGUUCUUCCUCGAGAUGCAGACAGGGGUGCAGAAGGACGUCGUGUUGCACAUCCAUCCCGAAAGAAUAUUAGCUAUUCCAAACAGGGAAGACGCGUACAACCACCGAUCCUUUGACGAGUUCCUCGUUGAUACCAUCGCGUCGGCUAUGAUCGACUGCUACGAACGCAAAGACAUGAGAUACACGAAGCCCAUUUUCGUUCUCGCUCCGAUCGUCGUGCCUCCAGAGAACGGCGAGCCUGUUGUGCACGUGCUGCCUGCUGACUUCGACAGCUCACACCCGGAGAAAUACUGGUAUUAUCCUGUGUGUGGACAGCAUAACGCGAGGGCGGCGAUGAUGGUGAAAGACCAUCCCGUGUUUGAUUACUACAACUUCUGUAAAUGGCCGUUCAGACCGAUCUACUUCCCUGACGACGAGUUCGACGGCUACGCCCAUACGCAUCAGUUCGGAAACAGCGUCUGGGAGGAGCCGGAUGUGAUGCACAUCCUUUUCAAAGGCGAGGAUCCUCGGCUACUGACUCACCCGGUGUACGAGGGAGCUGUUGCUGAAGACGACGCCGCCGCUCUCCGAAGGAAACAGAAAGUGACACCCACGGAUGUGGAGGAGAAGUCUUUCAAGUCCUUGACUUUCGCGGACAUCGGAAACCUGACCCAGAGGGGGGCUCUGUACAAGGACGGUGAGCGGAAUCCGAAUAAGUUGUGCAAUCAUCUUCUUUUCUUCUAUGGUGUGGCGGAUGCCGUGCUGUUCUUGGGCAAGCCGCAUGCGCCGGUGGUGUGGAGUCUGCUUCAGCAAGGAAAGCACGUCUUGGCCGUGGAUGGCGACACAACGCAGCUCGAAUACACCGUGCAGUAUGUCACCCAUGAAGUGUCGUCCAAGGCUUACCCAUGCGAUUUCCACCAUAUCGUGGUCGAGCCCGUUUAUGACCCGAACAAGGACAUGUUCUUCAAGUUGACUCCGAAGAAAAGGCGCCCGGUCUACUCCUUCCUUUACGGGGAACAACCAAGGUUAAGAUUUGACCCGCAGUACGUGGUGCGGAAGGAAGUCGCCAUUGCGGUCCUCCAGGGCUACCACGGAGCGAGUCGGGCCGACGCUGUGAGCUUCAUUAAGAGGCUGGAAUAUGUCUUUCUUAACGAGGAUGUUGUCGAUCCAGCCGACUUCACUUUGGAUAAGUACAAGCUGGCAUUCGGUGAGGAGGACGAUUUCAAUAUCGAGACUGAGCAGGAGGAGAGCGUUGAGGACGACCUCUUCGAUUUGGACGGGCAAUUGGCCAUCUUCAAUGCCCAAGUUUUUGAGUCGCCAUCAGUAUGCAAACCGGGGACACCUCUUGCUACACCUACCUCGCGCGGUCCCACGCCCGUGUCCUCCUCAGCGCCUGUCAAGAGGGGUGGGUUGUCCCGUCUGAGGAGUUCGCCGGGGGAGCCUAUUCGUCUCACGCUGCAGCCCGAAUGUCUUCGACCCGGCCAUCCAGUUCCUCCGGAUCAUCCGCAUCUCAAGGCUCUUGCGACUCCCUUCCACAUGGGCGACAAACACACCUUCUCCACAGCCGAAGAUUGGGGCCAUGAUAUCGUGUGGCACCCAGACCAUUUCCAGCCAGUCCUUCUCGACGGCGAAUGGGCAGUGGCUGUGAGGGACGCAAGUGGAGGGUGGAUUUAUGACGAUCGUUGGGACCUCGAGACAUUCGAAUCUGGCGCCUACGAUGCGGUAUUGGAGAGAUUAAGUGAGGUCAAUCGACGAAGUGAGGACGACCCUGCUCUUCGCGAAUACGGGGACACGAUGUUCGAGUUAUUGCAGUCAAAUAAAUGGCUGGAAGUGUCCUCCGCGUUCUACGCCCUUCCGUCAAGCCCGUCAAUUAAGCAAGUGAGUUGGGAGUUGCCUGAGGUCACCCCGUCGGCAGGAGUUGUGAAGCGCAAGUCUCGCGGAAAGGACGGUGACGAGGAUGGUGAAGGCGGCGGGCAACGAGGUACCGGAGGUGGAAGUGAACAGCGUUCGACGAAACAGCGGUCUCCGGGGCACGCAGGCGGCGGAGAGGGGAAGAAGGGCAGCCGGGAGAAGAAAAAGCCUUGCAGCGGAGAGAAGACGAAGCAUCACAGAGGAGACGGGCAGGGGUCCGAUAUCAACCGUGACGAGGACGGUGGGGUUCUGGCGGUAACAGGCAGCACCUCAAUGGAGACAGGGAACGACUUGAGGCCUGGGUGUAUUACGCGGCCUGGCGAGCAGGACCCUGUGAUUAGCUCCACCAGCGAAACACARUUUGUCGAUGCRGUUGGCGGGGCGGGUGUCGCAAAGCAUGGAACAUGCUUCGCUCAGCUCCAAAAACGGUUGGCGGAUUGUCUCGGAUCAAUCCGAACCUCGGAGACGACGUCGUUGUCCGGAACUCAGUGCCUUCCGGGAAGCGAGACGACAACACACCACGGGUCCGGCAGCGACAAGCUGGAACCGUGUUCCGUUUCGCCUCAAAAGGAAGUUCAGAUUAAUCCGAACCACGAAGGCCGUGCCAUCGAGGGAGCAGAGCUAUCUACAGAACUCGAACGGGUGGUCCGGGUUUCCGAAAACCCUGGCGAUGAAAUUCGGAUUCAUUCGAACCAGGGAGCCGUGUCUGCCAUGACAGACGAUCGGUGUCAGGAUGCAAUAAUGCUGUGCGUGGAAGCCCAUAAGGAGCUGCAGGCGGACUGUCCGACUGAGGUAAUGCUGUGCGUGGAAGCCCAUAAGGAGCUGCAGGCGGACUGUCCGACUGAGGGUGAGUUGGCUACCAAUUCCAAUGUCGAGCCCAACACACUCGGAGCCGAGUUAGCAGUCGUAAGCGACUCCUCGGUGAAAGCGGUCAUGUCGGCGUCAUUGGAAACUGCGGGGGCUCGGAUGAAUCCGAACCAGGGCCCUGUGAACAUGUUCCUCCCUGAUGCAUCUUUGGAGACGACCGUGAUUUGGAUUCAUCCAAGGCACACAGACGAAGGACUUCAACUGGCAGGCGUUGAGGGUUGUCGACUACUUACGACUUUGGAUAAGGACAAUUCCGCCGACGACCGGAUUGAUCUGACACUUAGCAACGUCGGGAUGGAGCUACCAGUUCAGUCGGGAUACGACGAUCCCUUGUACUCCGCCCUUCACAACGAGGCGAUGGGGGAGGACGUUCUGAAGAAGGCCUUUGACACUGUUGGAGAUAGAUUUCUCUAUUUGAGUAACGACGACAAAGACACAGCGUACGGGGACAAGAAGUUAAGGGGGGGAGAGGUGUUGUUGGACAUCCAUGGGACAUUGAGCCCAACAUAAUACGACAAAGUGGCAAUGGAGAAAACACAACCUGUCGAUGUUGUGGACAUCGACGCUCUUUGUCC